AUGGGGCGGCGCUGAGCGGCGGCGCGGCGGGAGGGCGCCGGGGGCAGCAUGAAGUCCCUGCUCUUCAGCCGCUUCCUCCUGCUGCUGCCCUGGGUGCUCAUCGUCAUCAUCGUGCUGGACAUCGACAGCAGCCGGGCGCCGCUGCCCGCGCUGUCCCCCCGCGGCGGGGCCGAGGGCGGUAGCGGCGGGGCGCGGCCUCCCACCCCGCGGCGGCGGCCCGAGGCCGCGCUGCCCACCAUCUAUGCCAUCACGCCCACCUACAGCCGCCCGGUGCAGAAGGCCGAGCUCACCCGCCUGGCCAACACCUUCCGGCAGGUGUCGCGGCUCCACUGGAUCCUGGUGGAGGACGCGGCGGCGCGCAGCGAGCUGGUGACCCGCUUCGUGGCGGGCGCCGGGCUGCCCUGCACGCACCUGCACGUCCCCACGCCGCGCCGCUACAAGCGCCCGGGGCUGCCCCGCGCCACCGAGCAGCGCAACGCCGGCCUGGCCUGGCUGCGGCAGCGGCACCAGCACCUGCCGCCCCCGCAGCCCGGCGUGCUCUUCUUCGCCGACGACGACAACACCUACAGCCUGGAGCUGUUCCAGGAGAUGCGGACGACGCGCAAGGUGUCCGUGUGGCCCGUGGGGCUGGUGGGCGGCCGGCGCUACGAGCGCCCCGUGGUGGAGAACGGCAAGGUGGUCGGCUGGUACACGGGCUGGAGAGCUGACAGGCCCUUUGCCAUCGACAUGGCAGGAUUUGCUGUGAGUCUUCAAGUGAUCCUGUCGCAUCCCAAAGCCGUAUUCAAGCGUCGUGGUUCUCAACCAGGAAUGCAAGAAUCUGAUUUUCUGAAACAGAUAACAACAGUGGAGGAACUGGAGCCAAAAGCAAACAACUGCACAAAGGUUCUUGUAUGGCACACCCGAACAGAGAAAGUGAACCUAGCUAACGAGCCAAAGUACCACCUGGACACAGUGAACAUUGAGGUAUGACAGGGGGACAGGCCCACGGCAAGAGCAGGACCAUGGACGCACCAGCACGUGCUCCGCUUCCGACAGCUACGGUCAUCUGCUGCUGCUGCUGCUGCCUGAGACCUGACAGACUUCUGUGGAAACAAAAGGAAGCUUUCAGAGACUCCAACAAGCAAAUCAAGUGGGUGUGCUUUGUUCUAACUUGUCUGCAUGCAUUUCUGAACUCUCAGCUUAAUAAACUGACACUUACCUUUGUUUUAACGCUGUUUCCACAUACAUAAACAUGGCUGCAAUGGAGUAUUUUCAAAAUUAUUAUUUAUGUAUCUACUUUUGUAUUUAUCCAGCUUAAUGGUGUAAUUAUAAACUGAUUUUAACUCACAAACUGUUGGUCUAAAUAUCUGUAUAAAUGGAUCCUCCAAACUGCACGUUUUACUUCAUUAGAAGUAGCAGUCAAACAGGUCAUACAAUAAUGAAAUAAAAUACCCACAAUCAUUUAUGGAUUUAUCCUUUUAAUAUAGGGAAAUAACAUUUUAUCAUUACGAGGCACCAUAAAAUGUAAACACAAUCACUGUCAUAAACCUGGAUUUGUCUGCAAGACAAAAUAUAUCUGUUCACACUGAGUUACCUUGAAUGCAUAUUGUGCUGUCAGUUCUCUUUUAACACUGUGUGCUUGCCUCCUGAGCCAGGUCAGAGACUUUACCACAGGAAACUCAAAUGCAUCAAAUGCUCAUCUUUAGAAGAAUAAACUAUUGAUUUGUAGAACUA